AUUUGCUCAAACAGAUUGGGUUGGAGUAUCCCGGACUCGGACACGACAGACGGACAUACUUGCCUCCUCAAUCUUUCAUAGGACUGGUUGGGAAGGCAAUUCUCGCGGCAAAUGAGUCGAGGGAAUGAAUUCCCCGACGACGGAAUAGAGGGUGUAACCGCCGUCGCAGCCGCCGCCUUUGCCAUUCUUUCUGUUGAAGAAUCAAGACCCACAAAGAAUGUCGAUAAUCCUGAAACGUCGUCGUUCCAGAAGACAAAGAACGUCAAGGAGGACAAUCGUACACACCCUCCACGUCCGGCGCCGGAACAUGAUAAGAUUCCCCAGCCGUUCUCAGUAAACUCCGAGCAACAAAAACAGAGACCAAUAGAAAAGACAACCGAUCCUCCUCCAGCCGCCGUCAACCACAUCUCCGGCGGCGGAAGAACAAAACCAGAGACAGAAGUAGAAGUCCCUGGAAAGCCACAAACCUGGCCUUCUGAAACGAAAGCAGAUCUGUGGGAAAAGGCAGAGAUGGGUAAAAUCCAAGAAAGAUACCAGAAGGUGGACGAAAGAAUUUGUUACUGGGAAAGCAAGAAGAAGGACAAAGCCAUGCGCAAAUUUGAAGCAUCGCAGGCUGAGGGAAUGAAGAAGAGUAAGAGGAUAAAGGGAAGAAGAAAGCUGGAGGAAGACAUGGAGUUCAUAAAGAAAAUAGGAGGAGAAGCAAGAACCAAAGCAGAGCGGCAGAAGAAGAAGGAGAUUCUGAAGGCUAAGCAGAGAGCAGAUAUUAUCAGGCAGACAGGGAAGCUUCCCCUUGCUUGCAGCUGCUGCUGAUGAUGAACACUCAUAGCUUUGUUGAUCUUCUCUUAUUUUGUACACAUAACAGAAUGAACAAAGAUAUUCUUAUAAUCCAAGUUUCUGUCAGAUGGGUUCUCUGUUUUAAUCUGUUUUUAGGAAAAUUGUUGAAGCUGAUCUCAAAAUUAAAGAUUAUGUUUUUUUUAA